CAAAACGGUAUUUUUACAUCAAUUUAACCUUCCGCUAGAGUCCAAACGUCGGAAAAGGGUUCUCAGCCUCGACGGCGGAGUAGUGAUGAAGCUGCUGAUCGCCGGCCUUUCUUCUCCGGCCACCUACUCAGGUCCGAUUUUUGCUAACCCUAGCAUUCCCCCGUCUUCGUAUUCCAUCCAUUCAUCUUCUUCCUCUUCAUCAUUUCUGAGACAACUAUCCUCCUCCAGACCUUCGCUUUUCACCGCAUCUAUUUCCAGAUCGAAACCUUCGCCGACCGCUCUUGGUGUAGAAGUUAAAGCGUCGUCGCAUCAGCAUUCGUCGAACGCCGGCGUUUCUCCGAUGUCUGAGGACGAUUCUGUGAAUGCCCAAGUGGGAAGCCCAAGGGUUUCUCCGACUUUCAUUUCUAUUCCCAAAUUGACCUUAAGCGACCGAGCUUUCUUCCUCUUGUCCUUCAUUGCUGUCACGACUUCGAUGGCAUUCACGAGCUUGGCAUUUGCAGCUGUGCCAACGCUAUUUGCAAUGCGAAGGGCAGCAAUAUCACUCUCAAAACUAGCUGACACUGCUCGUGAUGAGCUUCCCAGUACAAUGGCUGUACUCAGGCUUUCUGGGAUGGAAAUCAGUGACCUCUCUCUAGAAUUGACUGAUUUAAGCAAAGAGAUUUCAGAUGGUGUCACCAAAUCUGCUCAAGCUGUGCAAGCAGCAGAAGCUGGAGUAAGGCGAUUAGGUUCUCUUGCACGCCAGCAAACAAUGUCAAUGAUUGAGGAGAGAGCAAACCUGCCAGCCAUAUCUAUGAAGCCAGUUGUUGCUAGGGCAGCAAAGAAGACUUCUCAAGCUGUUGGCCAAGCCUCCAAAGCUUUAAUGAAUAUGAUCUCUAGAGGGGACAGUGAUGAUGAUUCUAUUAAAGAUGAAGAAGAUUGAAGAACCAUAAGGUAGCGUUUGGGAACUAGCAUUUCAUUUCAAUUUCAAAAUUUGAAUUCUUAAAUUUCAAAUGACAAGGGAGGACAUGUGGAUUUGCAAUUGAGCUUUGUAAUGAAUUAUAGGAAUUUGCCUCAAAUUCAAAUCCAAAUUUUUAAGAUUCUCCAAACAUGGAGAUUGAGCCAAUUCUGGAUUUGAAAUCCAAAUUCCAGUUCCCAAACAUGCCGUAAAUGAAUAUGGUACGGACAUUGCUACCGUCUCAUUUUCCUCCAUCAAGAAUUCAAGAUCCAAAUAAUUGUAAUAAUCGGCGUUCUUAAAGUCUCAGAUUAGCACAUCUAGAUGCUUGGCCGCACUUUGGCCGCAUCCGGGAUUUUCUUACAUUGGCAUUGCAUAAGCACUAAAGCAUUUUUAGAGCGUCGGUAAGAUGUAAAUAGGCGUUUUUAACUAUUU